AGAGCUGGCUAGCUAGUAGGCUCCUCCCCUCCCCCUCACCUGUUCGUCUGUUCCCCAUUCUACAAUACAGCUCGCAAGGGAUCGCGUUCACCCCUCAGCCACCGGCUAGCAGCUAGACCUUCAGGACCUUGCUGCAUUCCCCCAUGGGAGGCGCCAUGAGGCAGCUGCUACGCUUUCUGGGAGCGAGCAAUGGCCGCCCCAGGGAGAAGAAGACGAAGAGGACGACGCUGCGGCGGCGCCUGCUGGUGCCCACGGUGGAGCUCAGGGUCAGGAUGGACUGCGAGCGCUGCGAGCGCGAGGUCAAGAAAGCGCUCUCCGGCAUCAGAGGAGUGGAACAUGUGGAGGUGAACAGGCCGCAGCAGAAGGUCACGGUGACUGGCGAGGUGGACCCGGUGGCGGUGCUGCGGAGGGCCCAGUCCACGUGGAAGAAGGCGGAGCCAUGGCGGGGGCCGGGGCACGACCAGGACACUGCCGGCUACUACGCGACCCCGGCGGCCGCGGCCCUCUACGGCGUCGGGCCGGCCCAGCUGCAAGCCCACGACGGCAGGUGGGCCGACCCGGCUGCCUACUACUACUGCCGCUACCCGUACCCGUACCCGGCCCCGGGACUGAGCAGCGCGGAGGCGGCCGUCGUCGUCGGCGCCGAACAGAUCAGCAGCCUGUUCAGCGACGACAACCCCAACGCCUGCUCCGUCAUGUGAAUGUGACGCUGACGCGUCGCCCACGUGUGUUUUCGACACGCUGAGUCCAGCUCUCAGGCUCGGUGGGUUUUAGCAGACGGUAACAGGCGGCAGGGAGUAGCCGUAGCGUGCGUGGCUGCUACUCGUACGUGUGGUUAAAUUAGUGAAGAAUGCUUAGGUCGUCGACUACUCGACUGCACUGCGCCAGCAGAACGGAGAGCAAAGAAGCAAACCUCUGCCACUGAUAGAUUCUGCUGAUCUAGUGUGUGCGCUUAGAUCCCUAAACCGUUCUUUGUGCUGCGGCUGCGACCAGGCAGUGGAACAUGAGAUCAGCUCUGAAGG